AUGUCUGCCUACUACAGGAAUUACGGGUAUGAGGAUGAUCCAGAUGACCCAGACUAUUUGGGGUCUCAGAACCGAACCCAGGGGCGUUGGGAAACUCAGGCAUCUCCAGAUUCGCGGGGCCCUUGGACCAGUCCACGUGACCCCAGCCCCCGGAACAACCCCUACUCUGCAGGGGCCGGAAGUUCGCAGUAUCCCAGAGCUUUUGAAGAGCCAGAUUAUCCUGGGUCCCGGAGAGAUCCAUACUACUCAGAAGCGAGACACAACCCCGGUCUUGCAGACUCCCAAAGCCGUGGAAACUAUGUCCGUCCCAGAACAAAUUCAGAUUAUCCUCCCUCCUGGGGAGAACCAGAUUACCCUGGAGCUCAGGAAAUUUCUUCCAACCAUCCGGGCUCCCAGAGAAAUCCAGGACGUGCCGCUUCCAGCACGCAGCCCUCCCUCGGCUUUCUGUCAGAACCUGAUUAUCCUGGGGCUAAGAGUCAACCGAGGUCUCGGGACCUUUGGGGGGAACCGGACUAUGUCGGUGCUGAGGAUUAUCGGAAGUCUCCAGACUUCUGGGGGGAGCCUGACUACCCAGGCGCGGAUGGUUAUGACUUUGGCCCUUCUAAGACCCAGAAGACGACCAGGGAUUUGCCUAGGAGAACAUCUUCAGUCCAGCCCUCAUUUCAGCAUGGGGGUGCUAGCCCGAGGGGCAUCCCUGCGAGAGAACAUGAAGACCACCCUGAAAGCUUUGAAUUGAGCAAGAUGGCGACUCCAUCUGACCACUCUGGGCCAGGGGAUCCUGGAGCGGGCUUUGUCAACCUCGCGUAUGUUGGUGAAAUCAACCUGGGCGGCGUUUACGGAAUCGCACCUCUGUCUGGACGUGACUGGGACAAGUCACCUCAAGUCCAGAAGCUAAUCGCGACGCUGGCCCCCAUGACGCUGCGAGAGAGAAACAGAGCCAUCAGGAGUCAGCCGAGGACCAUGGAGGAGAAGAGAAUCCUGAGGAAGCUGGUGGACAGUGAGAAAAGUAAACGGCCCCGUCGACUGGAGCUGGGCUGCUGCACACAGUGCCUGAACUCCGUUUCCCAGGGGUACCGGAGAGCCAGGAACGGCCUGUCGGAGCUGCUCGGCGCCUUCCAGCUGUGGCAGAAGACGUUCAAGGUCAUCGGGGGCAAGUUCGGGACCAGCGUCCUGUCCUACUUCAACUUCCUGCGCUGGCUCUGGAAGUUCAACAUCUUCUCCUUCGUCAUGACCUUCAGCUUCCUCGUCAUCCCGCAGCUGACCGUGGCCGAGAAGAACACCCUCCCUUUCACGGGGCUCGAGUUCUUCACGGGCUCGGGUUAUUUUAACCACACGGUGAUGUACUAUGGCUUUUACACCAACUCCACCAUCCAGCGCGGGACGGGCCCCUCCUACAACAUGCAGCUGGCGUACAUCUUCACCAUCUCCGCCUGCCUGGUGGUCUGCUUUUUCACUCUGCUCUUCAGCAUGGCCAGGUAUUUCCGGAACAACUUCAUCAACCCCCACAUUUACUCUAGUGGGAUUGCAAAACUGAUUUUUUGCUGGGACUUCACCAUCACACACGAGAAAGCAGUAAAGCUGAAGCAAAAGAACCUUAGCACGGAGAUAAGGGAGAACCUGUCGGAAAUGCGCCAGGAGCGGGUCAAGCUGACGGCCAGGCAGAGGCUCCUCCGCCUGUCUGCCCACCUGGCGGCCUGGCUGGUGUCCACGGGAGUGGCCGCUGCUUGCUGCGCGGCCGUUUAUUACCUGGCGGAGAACAACACAGAGUUCCUGAGGAGCCACCGGAACCCUGGGGCGGUGCUGCUCCUGCCCUUCGUGGUCUCCUGCAUCAACCUGGCCGUGCCGCGCCUCUACUCCCUGUUCAGGCUGGUGGAGCGCUACGAGCUGCCGAGGCACGAGGUCUACAGCCUCCUGAUCCGGAACAUCUUUCUGAAGAUGUCAAUCAUUGGGAUUCUGUGUUACUAUUGGCUCAACGUCGUGGCCCAGUCUGGACAGGAGUGUUGGGAAACCCUCAUCGGCCAGGAAAUCUACCGGCUCCUUCUGAUGGACUUUGUGUUCUCCGUCGCGGAUUCCCUCCUGGGAGAGUUCCUGAGACGACUCAUCGGGACGUACCUUGUGAGCCUGGGCUCGCAGGAGUUUGACAUCGCGAGGAACGUUCUGGAACUGAUCUAUGAGCAGACUCUGGUCUGGGCGGGAACCUUCUUCUGCCCUCUGCUGCCCUUCAUCCAAAUGAUCAACCUUUUCAUCAUGUUUUACGUCAAAAACGUCAGCCUGAGGAUGAACUUCCAGCCGCCCAGCAAGGCCUGGCGGGCCUCGCAGAUGGUCACCUUCUUCAUCCUGCUGCUCUUCUUCCCGGCCUUCUCCGGCGUCCUCUGCACCAUGGCCAUCACCAUCUGGAGGCUGACGCCUUCGGCGAACUGCGGCCCGUUCCGGGGCCUGCCGUCCUUCAUCCACUCCAUCUACAGCUGGAUCGAGACCCUGAGCCUCCGGCCCAGUGCCCUGUGGGUGGUCUGGGUGUACCGCAACCUCAUCGGCAGCGUGCACUUCUUCUUCAUCCUCACCCUCAUUGUGCUAAUCAUCACCUACCUCUACUGGCAGAUCACGGAGGGCAGGAAGGUCAUGAUCAGGCUCCUCCAUGAGCAGAUCAUCAAUGAGGGCAAAGACAAAAUGUUCCUGAUUGAGAAGUUAGCCAAGCUGCAGGGUGCAGAGAGGAGAGCUGACGCCAGCCCGGGUCUGGCGGGGAGAGACGCGGAGCCACAGAGUCCCAGGCACGUGGGGGAGCGCGAGGAUGCCUACGGUGAGUCACCCCGUUAG